ACUCCUUCUGGGUUUAAGAGGAAAAGGUGAGGUAAGUUAAGGAAGAGGCAGAAAAAGAGGGAAAAAAAACAAUUUGAUAUACAAAUCAAGGAAUGAGAAACGAAUUCCCCGAAAGAACAAGCCGUGUGACCAUAAUUCCACCACAUUUAGCUGUUUUGCAGCUUCUUCUGGGUGUAAAAUGGAGCAGAUUUAGAAGACUCACUUCCACAACAAAAGCCCUUCCCUCUCUCCUCUCCCUCCUUCUUCUCCCCUCCGUCUGAACACUUGCAGGGAGCAGGCUGAGAGACAGAAAACCCAAGGGGCGUCCUGAGUUUUCCGAGAGACCCUUGAAAAGAAGGAGAGGCGGGGUUUCACUGGAGUGAGAACGGGAGCAACAGGAGCGGUAGCCCCGCACCCUGAUGAGCACAAAAAGCCACUGGACUCUAGUGUGUCGCUUAAAAGCUACAGACUGAUACUGACAGUGUGUUUUCAUCAGGGAACUGGAGCUCUAUUUGACUGUGUGUGUAUGUGUGUGUGACUAAGUGUGUACAUGUGUGAGAGCAAACAAGCCUCAGGUGCAGGAGGGACGCUUUUGGACUGUAAUCACCACAGGAUUUCAGCUUGAGGAGAGCCAGGAGGACUGUUUUAAAGACAUUUUACAUCUCUUUUACCAGUUGGGUGUUGGUGGAAAAAUUGCAGGGAGCCAUUGUUUUUAAUUGUAAAGACAUCAAGACUUCCCAGCAAGGGGGAGACACACACCUGAGUGGGCCACAUUGGAAAAGAUGCCUACUGCAAGAAUAAAAUGGCUUUUUUUGACGAGGAGUACUAAGAGCAGCAGGAUGAUUCAAGAUACAAGUUAAAGUCUGACUAAAGUGGAGGACAAUAUCUCAUUUUGGACACUUUUUCUAAAAACCUGGAAUAUGGAUCCUCUGGAAUGAUACGUCUUCCACGUGGGGACCUGCAUUAUCCACUCAUCUGCUUCGCCUUUUACUUUCCUUUCUGACACCACUGGGAACCUACACUUGUCCCUCUUGCAGUUCAGCCACUCAGUGGUGGAGCUCAUUGCUGGAAAUGCCAGAGGAGCUUUUGGUCCUUUUGUGAACUUAAGCAUCCACACCGAAACACUGCGGUUCGCAGGAGGGAGUUCAAGAUGGCGACUGUCCCGCUUUCACUCUUGAUAAACUUCUCACUGGCAUUAUUUCUGGCUUUGACCACUUUGAGCGGACUGAACUUAAGGCUUUCAGGUCAAGCAAUGGCGCAAGUAGUGUCCAACAACCAGACAACGCAACCCUCCACCGUCCCUGUAGCAGCAGUGCCAACGCCCACGCCUGAGGCGGAGGACCAAACGGAUCCAACGGGCAGGAACCGCUGCUGGGGCUACUAUGAUGUCAUGGGCCAGUGGGACCCUCCUUUCAACUGUAAUGCAGGCGUCUACAUGUUUUGUUGUGGCUCCUGCUUUUAUCGUUUCUGCUGCCAGUUCAAGGUCCAGAGUUUGGACCAGACUUCCUGUUCUAAUUAUGACACGCCUGUGUGGGCCAACACCGGACGUCCGGCUGCAACCGUAACGGAGGUCCACCAGGAACCAGACCGGGAUCGGACCCACAUGAUUGUGUACAUAAUCUGUGGAGUGGUGGCCAUCAUGGUACUGGUUGGAAUUUUCACAAAGCUUGGACUAGAGAAGAGUCAAGGAGGACAAACGGACAUGACCAACUCCAGAACUCUGACGGAGCUGCUGAAGCAGCCGGGGGAGGCAGGAGUCGUAGAUGGAGCUGGAGUUCAUCAUCCUAUUGGAACGAAUGGCAUCACAGGCAGGACUCUGCGCUCCAACAAUGCUCUAGAUCACAACCAUCUGAACAACGCAGCUUUAUCUCCCCUGGGUCCAGCCAUGGCUUUGUCUCACCCCCAUAAUAACUUGGGAAUUGGCUUCAACAAGUACGCCUCGCUCAAGACUCUGGACACAGGUGCAAGAGACUACUACAAGAGCUACCCAAUGGUAGAUUACACUCACCGCCAGUCUCCACCCACUUUCCAACCCGUCAACUUCCAUCCAAAGGACAAACCCUUCCUCCCACCUCCCGAUGUCCACGCACCUCUGGCCAUCACCAUCAACGCCUCCCAGGUCCCCAAACCCAAGAUCUCCAAGACCAACACCCACCCGCUCACGUCCAGCUCGGCCUUUAAAGCCUGGGACCCCAGCAAGAGCCACAUUCAGCACCCGACGGCGGCGCACAUCGGCAUCGGGGGGCAACAGCAUCACCCCAUCCAGCAGCAGCAGCACCAGCCGCUGCACCAGCAGAACAGCCGGCGUCAGGCCUACUCCAACAAGCGGCAGUUCAGCAUCGAGACGCUGCCCGAGCUCUUCUCGCAGCCGCUGGGCUAUGGCCACUCCCCUCACAUGCACCCCAAGCACAAGGGACUGCCCACCAACAGCAAGACGGAGGUGACGGUGUGAACAUGGAGGCGGGAAAUGUGAAGACCUCACAGGUUCUGAUGCAAGAACUGACAUCAAAAAGGGGGAUGACUUUGACCGAAUCGCCAUCGGGAUUUACAGUUAAGGAGCAAAGUCAUCUGCACAAACAAAGCCGAGGGGCGGGCAGCCCUCUGGAUUUCUGAAGAUUCCGACAGAGACUUUCUUGCAGGUUGGGGGGCGCGUUUCAAAGAAACACUGAUGUUGUAGGGAGACUUUUUAUGAUUAUUUUCCCUCGUUCAAGAAGAACCAAGGGAUUUCUUGGCUUUCAAAGACUGAAUUUAAAGCAAACUGCAGGUGGAGUUGAUUCUAUGAGACUUUUGCCUCUGUUUUGGACACUGCUUGAACACGUGCACGCAUUUAGGAGGAGUACCCAGAGGCAAAAGUUGUAGCCUAUGAAAGCCACUGCUGUGUGGCCUCAAACAGGACCAAAAGCCUUGAAUCAGGAGAGUCCACCUGUCACAUCGCCACUUAAUCUCUCCUGGUGACCAACAGACUAUGGCUCCGCCCACUUCUCUCAGAGCAAACUGACUGUUUGUAAAAAAGAAAAAGAAAAAAAAUCCACGAUGCAAGUAUUCUACCGAAGGUUAUCUGAAUGCAACCGGGUAGACAUACUUGAGCUUUCACAAUCCUUAGCAAUAUAUAGAUUAUGGUAAAUGUAUUCUUUGUCUUCUGUCAGUUUUUGUACGGUGUUUUUCAAUGCUUGUCAAAAACAUUUACGAAAGAAAAAAAAGCUUAUUUGACCGACAGAAAAUUUAAAAAAAAAAAAAAGUGCUUCCAGAUUUUUGACUCAUGGCUGCACAUCCUUCAACUCCAAAGAUCAUCGAGGGUCUUUUGAAUUUCAUCAUAUAUAUGAGGCUUGUGAUCUUCCCACUUAACAUUUGUAUGCACUCACGUAUUUAUUGGUGAAAUAUAUUGCAUUGUAUUCCAGUGUUUGCCGACACGUUAGCUGAAAACUGAGGAGGGACUGGACGGUUUCCUGUACAGCUUUUGCACUUGCAAAAAAUUGAAAAUAAAAAUUCAUGUAUUGUUUCAUGAUAAUUUAUAACUGGCGGCAAUAGGCUGCUUUGAAUUGCUAUGUUAUACUAUAUGUAUGCUGUACCAUUUGUCUGCUGUGAAAUUUGUUGACGACUCAGCUUAUAUAAGGGCUUUUUAUAGAUUAAAAAAGCAGACUGGGGGAUCUGACUGCACUCAAAAUUUCUCAACAGGUUUUCUUUGUUUUGUAGGGUUGGAGGGAUCAGACUUAACUGCUGUGUAAUAAAGUUUUGACUGACUUACUGAAAUGUCUAUAGGCACUCACAUCGCAUUGGCCCAUGUGUCCUGUUGGAAUAAAUCUUUCGAGAAAUAUA